AUGACUAAAACUGCUCGAAAAGAAUAUAUUUGUAUUAAUUGUCAGAAAAGUUCUCGAACUUUAUAUACAAAAUAUUCUGAAGGAGUCAUUCGAUUAACAGAAUGUGUAAGUUUUUUUUGCAGAAAAAAUGUUUUUGUUUCGAAACUUCUGAAAAUGUUAUAUUUAGGAUAACUGUGAUAAUAUUGUUGAUAAAUACAUCGAAUAUGAUAUUGUACUUUUGGCGAUUGAUUUAAUGCUUCAAUAUAUUGAAGCAUAUCGACAUUUGUUGAAUAAUUUGGAAAUCAAAAGACCUGCCAGAUUAUUUGUUAUUUUUUGGUUCAGUAAUGCAUAUGAAACUUGGAUUGGUGAAAGAAUGGCAACGAAUCGUGAUAAUAUUUAUGAUUUAGAAUGGAUGUAAGUAAAAUUUGAAUUUGAAACCUCACACUUUAUUUUCAUUUUAACAAUUCAAAGUUUUGAAUCAAUUUUUAUCAGAAGUUUUCUCUAAACUUUCUUGAAACUUUACGAAAAGUGUUUCCAUUCUUUUUACAGUAACUGACAGAAAUCUAACAAAAAUCCCAGUUUUUUGAAUUUUUUAGUCUAUUUUCUCUUUAUAAGACAGAAAAUAUUUUAUUUUUACAUUUUGUUACAAAAUAUUUAUCCACACAGAUGGUAGAUUAGAAAAAAAAGUUUCUCAAAUGAUUGAAAAACAGGAAUUUUCUGGAAAAAGUACCGAAAAUGGUUUCUAAAAAUAAAGUCGAAAUGUUUUCAAGGUUCUACAAAAGUGUGUUGAGUUCUGCUCUUCAAAUGAUUGCUUAUAUCUCAAUCGUCAUAAUUUUUGAAACAAUUUAUUCUCGCGCAAAACCAGAUUUCAAACGGUUUAAACAUUUGGUUUAUUCAACAUUACUUGGAUUUUACGGUGAGUAAUUUUUUGGAAAAUGAAGUUUUCAUAGAUCACGUAUUUAGAAAUUUAAAAAUUUUAAUUUCUAAAAGGCUACGUCAUCAAUUUCAGGAAACGUGGCAGUUGUUCUUUCAAUUGUUUUUCGACUUUCGGAUCAAAAAUCCUAUCAAAUUGUAUUCUCAUUUUUCCUUUUUAUUUCCCAUCUACAAGUUCAACGUGUUCUUUUUCCAUUGUGUUCAAUUCUUGAUAAUAUGAUAGUUACAGUAAUCGCUGAAAUUGUUUCAAGAUUUGUCAAAACAUGGUUUGAAACAGUUUCAAAAGAAUUACCAAUUUUUUAG